UAUUGCGCUGGUUGUGUGGAAGGCAAGAUGGCGACCGAGCCGCAUUCUGAGACCCCGCAAGCGGGGGAGCUCCCCAUGCCCGCAUACGGGGCCUGGUCCCCCAACGAACUCCAGGCGAAGCUAGCCGAGAUCGGGGCGCCCACGCAGGGUAGCCGUGAGGAGUUGGUGGAACGGUUGCAGACAUACACUCUUCAGACAGGAAUAGUGCUCAAUAGGCCGGUUCUGCGGGGAGAUGAUGGAGAGAAGCCAGCCCCACCCCCCAUGCCAGGACAGCUCUCCGGGAUCCCUCUGCCGCCGCCUCCAAUGGGGAUGCCGCCGUUGCAGCCCCCGCCACCCCCUCCGCCUCCCCCCGGCAUGGGCCUCAACUUCCCCAUGGGUGUGGGGCCCCCUCCGCCGCCCCCUGGCCUGGGGCAGCCUCUUCGCCUGCAGGCAGUGGAUCCUUCUGCGUUGCUUGAGGAGGAGCGACUGAAGCUGGCUCAACAGCAAGCCGCCAUGCUGUUACAGCAUGAGGAGAGGGUGAAGCAGGCUGCUGUACUUAUGGAACAGGAGCACCAGCAAGAGAUGUCCAAGAUGUCUCCCUCCGUACCAAGGCCUGUUCCAGACAUGGGCCCGAGACCUCAGGGACUCCCAAGAGGGAGUACUCCUGUGGGACCACCAGUUGGCCUGCCAGGCCCAAGACCCCGAGGUCCUCCACCUCCUCCUGGGGAAGACAGUCGUGAGAUGGAUGACUCGGGUGUAGGCCCCAAGAUCCCUCAGGCCCUGGAGAAGAUCCUCCAGCUGAAGGAGAUGCGGCAGGGAGAGCUGACCGCUGUGCCCAGCGGCACAGAUGAUGACAUGGAGAUGGCCUCAGCCGGCAUCUCUGCUUCAGAUGCAGAGGAAGAUGCAGCCGCUCUGUCCAAAAGAGAGAAAAACCGGAAGCGGCGGAACCGGAAGAAAAAGAAGAAGCAACAGACGGCCCAGAAAGAGGGCCCAUCUACCAAGGCGGCUGAGGGGCGUGGGGUUGAGUCAGGGGCUGAAGCCCCGGUGGAGAUUGAAUAUGUCACAGAGGAGCCUGAAAUCUAUGACCCCAAUUUCAUUUUCUUCAAGAGAAUAUUUGAGGCUUUCAAGUUGACAGAUGAUGUAAAAAAAGACAAGGAGAAGGAACCGGAAAAGGCAGACAAGGUGGCCAGUUCAGCUGCCCCCAAGAAGAAGGGUUUUGAGGAGGAGAGGAAGGACAGCGAUGACAGCUCAGAUGAUGAACUGGAGAAGAAGCCAGAAGCCCCCAAACUUUCCAAGAAGAAGCUGCGGCGAAUGAACCGCUUCACUGUAGCUGAGCUCAAACAGCUGGUGGCCCGCCCUGACGUGGUGGAGAUGCAUGACGUGACAGCCCAGGACCCCAAACUCUUAGUCCACCUGAAGGCCACCCGCAAUUCUGUCCCGGUCCCACGCCACUGGUGCUUCAAGCGCAAAUACCUGCAAGGCAAGAGGGGCAUUGAGAAGCCGCCUUUCGACCUGCCUGAGUUCAUCAAGCGCACGGGGAUCCAGGAGAUGAGGGAGGCCCUGCAAGAGAAGGAGGAGCAGAAGACCAUGAAGUCCAAGAUGAGGGAGAAAGUCCGCCCCAAGAUGGGCAAAAUCGAUAUCGAUUAUCAGAAGCUGCACGAUGCCUUCUUCAAGUGGCAGACCAAGCCGAAAUUGACCAUCCAUGGGGACCUGUACUACGAGGGCAAGGAGUUUGAGACUCGACUCAAGGAGAAGAAACCAGGAGACCUGUCGGACGAGUUACGCAUCGCACUGGGGAUGCCUGUGGGGCCGAACGCACACAAGGUACCGCCUCCGUGGCUGAUUGCCAUGCAGCGCUACGGCCCGCCACCCUCUUAUCCCAAUCUGAAGAUUCCAGGCUUGAAUUCCCCGAUCCCGGAGGGAUGCUCAUUCGGGUACCAUGCUGGGGGCUGGGGCAAACCCCCUGUGGAUGAGACCGGGAAACCUCUCUAUGGAGACGUCUUUGGGACCAACGCAGCUGAAUUCCAGACCAAAACAGAGGAAGAAGAGAUUGAUCGGACACCGUGGGGAGAACUGGAGCCCUCUGAUGAAGAGUCAUCUGAGGAAGAAGAGGAUGAGGAAAGUGAUGAAGAGAAACCAGAUGAGACAGGCUUCAUUACCCCAGCAGACAGCGGCCUGAUCACGCCCGGUGGCUUUUCAUCCGUGCCUGCUGGUAUGGAAACGCCCGAGCUCAUUGAACUGCGUAAGAAGAAGAUUGAGGAGGCCAUGGAUGGCAGCGAGACGCCGCAGCUGUUCACGGUGCUGCCAGAAAAGAGGACAGCAACUGUGGGUGGGGCCAUGAUGGGCUCCACCCACAUCUAUGACAUGGCGACGGUGAUGAGCCGCAAAGGGCCGGUGCCGGAGAUCCAGGGUGUGGAGGUCGCCUUGGCCCCUGAAGAGCUGGAGCUUGACCCCAUGGCCAUGACGCAGAAGUACGAGGAGCACGUGCGGGAGCAGCAGGCCCAGGUGGAGAAGGAGGACUUCAGCGAUAUGGUGGCUGAACAUGCCGCCAAGCAGAAGCAAAAGAAGCGGAAAGCCCAGCCCCAGGACACCAGAACAGGUGCCAAGAAGUACAAGGAAUUCAAAUUCUAGUUCCAGCAUCUGUCAGUCA